AUGGAGACGAGGAAGUUCAACUGGCGGAGAUACUCUGCGCCAGUUGCCAUCGCCAGCAUGAUCCUAGCGGCCCUCUCCGUCGUCCUCUACUUCAACAUUCGUGAAUAUCUCGCUGCCAACUUGCCGAGGGUCACCGUCGAUCUCGGCUACGCGAGGUAUUCUGGGAAUUCGCUUCCGAGCGGCGUGAACCAGUUUCUGGGAAUGCGGUAUGCGGCGCCUCCGAUAGGAAAUCUGAGAUGGAGAGCACCUCAAGAUCCUGAGCCGAAAGAGGGCACGACAGAUGCCAUCGAUUUUGGGCCCAUUUGUCUCGGGACGGAUGUGACUUAUCCUACUUCAGGUCAAGACGAGGACUGCUUAUACGCCAACGUCUGGUCGCCAACAAACACGACGGCUGACUCGAAGCUUCCUGUAUGGUUAUUCAUUCAAGGCGGUGGUUACACUUCAAAUGCCAAUCCCAAUUGGAACGGCUCCCAAGUUGUAGAUGUCUCGGGCAAAAACGUUGUCUUUGUAAAUUUCAACUACAGAGUCGGACUUUGGGGAUUCCUGGCGAGUGACCGGGUUCGAAAAGACGGCGAGCUGAACGUGGGACUUUUGGACCAGCGAUUGAUGAUGAAAUGGGUUCAGACUCAUAUAUCAAAGUUUGGCGGUGACCCAAGCCAUGUAGUCAUCCACGGCCUCUCAGCCGGAGCAGGCUCGGUCGCCCUCCACCUCGCAGCUUACGGCGGACGCGACGACAAGCUCUUCAUAGGCGCCAUGUCCGAGUCGGUCUUCUUCCCCGCGCAGCCUCGUGUUCCGGAGCUUGAGUACCAGUUCAAUCAGACGCUGGCUAAGGUAGGCUGCACAGAUGACAAGGACCAGAUGGGCUGUCUGCGCGGUAAAGACAUCAAAGCGAUCCAGGACGCCAAUAUCGCAUCGCCAUUUCCGGGGAGGGCGGCAAACCCGCACUUUUACUGGACUCCAUGUAUAGAUGGCGAUAUUCUACAAGAUUAUCCGUACCGGCUCUAUGACAAGGGUUCAUUCAUCAAAGUCCCCGUCCUCUUUGGGACAGGAAGUAACGAGGGAUCCGUUUUCGCCGCCAACGUCGCAACCCAAGACGAAUUCGUCUCCUUCAUGACAGACAACUACCCCAAACUCACAAAGAACGAAACCGACCCGAUGCUGCAAAAGUAUCCCCUGUUGUCGCCACUACCGAACCACAACGUCUGGUUCCCGUCCACCAGCCAAGCCUACGGCGAGACGACCUUCAUCUGCCCCGCCAACACCAUCAUGAACGCCUACGCAACCGCCAACCGCUCCGGGACGAGCUGGUCCUACCGCUUCAACGUCCAGGACAACGACAACACGGCCUCCGGCCUCGGCGUCCCGCACGUGUUUGAGGCGCCCGCCAUCUUUGGCAUCGACGCGUGUCCGACGCCCGACAGUUUCCGGACGUAUAACAAACCCAUUGUCUCGCUGAUGAUGAAGUACGUCAUCUCGUUUGUGCGCGAUCUCAACCCCAAUACGUAUAAGCUCGCGGGUGCGCCGGACUGGGGCGAUUGGGGACGGAAUCAGUCGCGGUACGUGUUUGAGUUGAAUAAGAACCGGAUGGAGAACGUCGAUGAUGGGCAGAGGGAUCGGUGUAACUUUUGGAAGGGGAUCGUGGAGGUCAUGGAGCAGUGA